AUGUUUACUGAUGCUUCACAGCGUGGCCUGGGAGGUUUUUACAAUGGGAAAUGGUUUUCUAUACCUUUCGAUAACUCUAAUAGUUACAGUAUUACAUUCCUUGAGUUACUUGCGGUUGUAAUUGCCGUGACUACUUGGGGUGCACAAUGGGUUGAUACCAAAAUUACUAUCUACACAGACAAUGAAGCCAUUGUGCACAUAUGGAAAACGGGCUCUUGUCAACCAGUUCAAGAAGCAGUGUACAUACGCCGAGCCGCACCCCACCCCUCUUUCGCCGUUGAUCCUGGACCUCUUAGAGCAACCAUGAAUAAUUUUCUUGAUGCUGCGCUUUCACCAAAUACCAGACUUACUUACCGUGAUGGACUAAAAUCUUAUAGAAUGUUUUGCAAUCAAUUUCGGUUUCCGAUGUUCCCGCUAGUUCAAUUAAGACUCCAAUUGUAUGUCACCUUUAUGUCCGCUCGUGUUAAAUACUCUACAAUCAAAGUAUACUUGUGUGGUAUACAGUACCAAAGCUUGGUUUCCGGCUUCAGAGAAAAAAUUUCAGACAUGGGUAUACUAUUUUACGUGUUGAGGGGAAUUCGGCGAACAGAAAAUACCAUUACACGACGGAGAGCACCCAUCACACCAUCCCACUUACAGGAAAUGUUAACAUUUAUUUAUAAAUCCAGAUUUACACCUUCUGAUAAAGCUAUGUGGAAAUGCCUAGUUUUGUUCGCAUAUUUUGGCCUUUUAAGAGUAUCAGAGUAUGUUUGCCCAUCAAAAACAACAUUUGAUUCAAAAAUUCACCUAUCUCCAUCUGAUUUUUGCCUCUCUUCGUGUAGUGGUACCCUUACCAUGACAAUUAAAAGCUCCAAGACUGACCCCUUUCGGAAAACAUUUAAAAUUUGUUUUGGACGAAUUGGCGGUAGCAUGUGCCCAUUGGCAGCGUUCUCCCAGUAUCUUGUGUACAGGGGUACCCAUUGUGGUCCCUGGUUUGUCUUAUCCACUGGAGAAUUCGUUACAAGGAAAUUGGUUUGUGCUUUUUUAAAAAUUAGUGUUACAGACAGCCUUGACCUCAAUACACAUAGUUUUAGAAUUGGUGGGGCGUCGGCAGCAGCGUCCUGUGGUAUACCAGAUUCCGCAAUUAAGAUUUUAGGAAGAUGGUCCAGUGAUUGUUACCGUCGAUAUAUACAUCUCCCAGACAGAGUUCUUAAGAAUUGGUGUUCCAACAUGGCUAACCUAAAAGACGUGCCCAAGUUGUGGGAUAUACGUUUUGUAUAA